AUGCACACUCGAACCCCACGGUAUGCUUCUCAUCGCGCUCGUUUGAAUUCUUUCCCCGAUUCCGGCUCUUCAUCUGGACAUUCGUAUCCGCGUAGCGAGCAGUCAGAUUCAUCUACUCUCCCAUCAGCGGCUGAGUUAGCCUCCGCCGGUUUUUUCCAUACCGGUUCAGGCGACGAGACAGUAUGUCCCGCUUGUGGUUUGGGUCUCCGAGAUUGGCAGGCAACCGAUCAACCAGAAGCGUGCCAUUUUGCCUAUUCUACCGCUGAAAUCAGUCUCCGCUCUACUGAGGAUAGUACCGGCGGGCCGCGAGUCCCGAUUAUCCCUUGUCUCUACUUGGCUGUUCAUCGGUUGCUCGUAUCCGAAUUGCCUUUGGCUCGAAAACAUCUUGUUCCAGCCGGACCGAUACAGUCGGUCUGUAGUUUACCUGGUGUCGUCACCCCACCGACCUACAGUCUUAUUCCCGAUCCGUAUUCGGAAGUAGAAGCUUUGGAUUUCGCCUCAUUAGCCGACAGACUAGAUGCGAUUGCACGGAUUAUGACCUCACCUCCACCACAGGGCUGGCCGGUGGAAAACGCUCGCGCUUUGGGUCAUUCUGACGAUUUGAUUGUGUUGGCCUUGUGGCGCCUCCAAGCCGAAGCAGCGGGAGUCGGCAUUGCCUGUCCGCCCAAAUCCGCGUUGUACUUGGACCCCCAAGGCACCGCUGAUCUACUGCGAGCCGUCCUUCGUGUUCAAGAAGGUUUUGAUGCAACUCUGGGCGAAUUUCCUGAUCUAGACUCACAUAGUCUGGAAGAAGGUUUGGAUGAAGCUGGUGCUGCCGCAAGUGACGCUGAACUGUCAGCCGAAGAUGCGGAAACUGCGGCACUUUCGCGAUGUCGUUGCAGGCGCAGGCGCUCUUCUGCUGCCAAUCUUGUGUCUAACACCGAGGCUUCUUCGCCAUUAUCCGUCGAUUCUAAUGGAGUCCUUGUCAAACGGAUUCGCUUACCUCGAUUUGCGGAGUUCCUUUCUUGGUGGUUCAACCGUUGGCGAUUGACCGCCGAACAUGACUGCUUGGACUCCCCGUGA